AUGAACCAGCAGCUCAGGAUGGAGGUGAAGGCCUCCAAGGACAAGAAAUGGCAAAGCCCCACCAAAAAUGAAGGUGCGUGUGACCCUGACUAUGAGAAUAUCACCUUGACCUUCAGAAACCGGGACCAGCCAAAGGGUGGUCACCCACCACCCACGAGUCAAGUCCCAGCCCAGCCCAGGCCACCCCCGGACGCUGCCCUGGUGCCCCCCUGGUUGCACAGAGCCAUCAUGAGCCUGUACAUCCUCCUCGCCCUGUGCUUUCUGUUCUGCAUCAUCCUCUCGGCCUUGGUCCUGGUGAAGAAUUCCCAGAUGUCCAGGGAGCUGCGGGGCUUGAAAAGGGAGUUUUGGAAUGUCUCAAACUCGGUGAUCGAGUGCCAAGAGGAGCAGAGGAAGGGCUGGAACUCCAUCCAGGAGAAAAUCAAUGCGGUCGGCCAGAACGUCCAAACUGGGCACGACACACUGAAGACGCUGCCAGGAGGUGCCCUGGCAGACCUGCCCUGUGGCCAGAGAAUUUAUCUCGAUGCUCAGCAUCGGACUGGCUCAAGGUUUGGAGGGACGAUGGAUGUCACUUAG